AUGGAAAAUAGCCGUGAAACGGAAGGACUCCAAAACCCUUGCAAUGGAGGACAAGAGGAGAGAGAAAAGGAAGAUAACCCGAAUUCAAGUUCGAAACCGAAGAUAGUGGUGAUAAUGGGCCCAACUGGUUCUGGCAAAUCAAAACUCGCCAUCGACCUCGCUUCUCACUUCCCCAUCGAAAUCAUCAACGCCGAUUCCAUGCAGGUUUACCAAGGAUUGGAUGUUCUCACUAAUAAAGUUCCUGCCCAAGACCAGAAAGGAGUGCCUCAUCAUCUUUUGGGUACAAUCAGCCCAGACGUUGAGUUCACCGCCAAGGAUUUUCGGGACUAUGCGAUUCCUCUCAUCAAUGAAAUAUGGUCCCGCAAUCGGCUGCCGGUCGUAGUUGGGGGAACAAAUUACUAUAUCCAGGCUCUUGUGAGUCAAUUCCUUCUUGAUGACUCGGUAGAAGAUGUGGAUGAAAGCUGCUUAAGUGAUCAACCUGGGAAUAAACUAUCAGAUUCUGAACUGGAAGUUGAGGGAAAGAAUUUUAGUUAUAAUUUCGAUUGCCUUAAAGACCUUGAUCCAGUUGCAGCUAAUAGAAUUCAUCCAAAUGAUCAUAGAAAGAUCAAGCAAUACCUUUGUAUGUAUGCUCGCUCCGGUGUUCUUCCAAGUAAACUUCUUCAGGAGACAUCCAUGCAGAACUGGGGUAAUGCUGAUAGUUUCAGAUACAUUUGCUGUUUUAUAUGCGUGGAUGCAUCACUCCCUGCAUUGGAUCGAUAUGUGGAGCAAAGAGUAGAUCACAUGGUUAAUGCUGGUUUGCUUAAUGAAGUCUAUGACAUCUACAACUUGAAUGCAAACUAUACUCGAGGUUUACGGCAGGCUAUUGGUGUCCGAGAAUUUGAGGAUUUUCUGAGAGUUUACACUUGUGGUGCGAACAGUAUAGAUGGCUACUGUUUUCAGAUGUCAUCAAAUGACAACUGUAAGAUGUUGAAAGGAAAUGUGUGGGAAUUCCUGAAUGCCUCCAAGGAGAACCAACAAAAUCUUUUAUUAAAUGAUGCCAUUGACAAAGUAAAAGUGAACACUCGAAGACUUGUUCGUCGUCAAAAGAGGAGGCUUAGUAGAUUACAAACGUUGUUUGGCUGGGACAUAAAUAGUGUUGAUUCCACGGAUUCCUUAGCAGGUACAAGUAAUGAUUUAUGGGCAGCACAUGUUGUUGAGCCCUCCGUGAGAAUAAUCAAGUCAUUCCUUGAUAAGGAUGCCAGUGCAGCACUUGACUCCGUGGCCAGAAAAGGCACCCAAGCAUUGAAAUUGAUCCAAAGGGACCUGUGGACUCAAUAUGUGUGCAAGGCAUGCGGGGACAGGGUACUCAGAGGGGCGCACGAGUGGGAACAACAUAGACAGGGCCGUGGCCACCGCAAACGCAUUUCUCGGCUUAGGAAAUUGGAAGUUUCUGCUUUGUAGGGUAGCAUUAGCAACAUCAUUCAGGCUCUCACAGAGAUCUCUACAAAGGAUUAGCAGAAAGCUCUUCCCACUAUUUUUUUUCUUCCUCCUCUUUAAAAAAAUUAAUAAUUCCAACUUUCUUAUCUAUGAGAACGAUUAAUAGCCUUGACCAAAUUCAAGUGGCCCCUGUUAGGGCUGCCAAAUUGGGGAAUGGGAAAUGACGUGUGCAAGGAUGUCAAUAUAUAUGAUUAAUUCAAUUUUAACAUGAUAAACUCUUUUUUACAUAUUUAUAGGAAUGCAU